AUGUCAAACCCCUUGUAUUCACAUAGAGAACAAGAAAAUAAUCAACGGUUUGACAAUCUAGCUCAGACUUUGAGUCAAUUCCGUAAUACAGUAAACAAUGAUAUUCAUGGAUCAAUCCAACAAGAAAAUCUGACAUUAGAUUUAUUAAAUGAUAAUUUCAGUCAGUUAAUGCAUCUGGUCAAAAGAACAAGUGGCGAUUUACGAAAUGUUAUGAAUAGAAAUGCAAGUCUUACAAAAAUUGUGGGUCUUAUAUUGCUUGCAUUUUUUGUAAUUUGGAUGUUGUACAAAUUAAGGUAA